AUGCAGUCUGGGAUGCGGACGCUCUGUGCUGGUGGAGGAGCGUCACUCUGCUGUCUGCUCUUGUUGUGGGUGAUAUACUCCCACCUCCUCAAAGAAGGCCAGUUGGCUGUGGGUACAUGUGAAAUAGUGAUGUUGAACAGAGAUAGCAGCCAGCCCAGACGCACCAUCGCCAGACAGACUGCACGCUGUGCCUGUCGGAGAGGUCAGAUCGCUGGGACCACCCGGGCACGACCUGCAUGCGUGGAUGCACGAAUAGUGAAGAGCAGACAGUGGUGUGAGAUGACGCCGUGUUCUGAGGGAGAGGUGUGCGGUCUCCUUUUCAACCGCUCCGGCUGGACCUGCACCAAGGGGGGCGGUCGGAUAAAGACGGUCACGUCUGUUAGCGGGGUGUUUGCUGAGUUUGUAGGAGAGAUUAACUCUGCUGACCACAUGUUUUGA